CUAGAGUUUUAGGUUUAAGGUUAAACCCUACACAGAAUGGGUCAUCGUCUUCCUCUCGCAGCUUCUCUCUCUCUGUCUAUGUAGUUUCUCCUCUCGCUUGAAGGAAACAACCUCUCCACCACGCUCAUCUCGCUUCCCUUUUGGACGUAGGAGCCCUUGAAAAAUAUCCUGGUUCCCCUUUUCUUCCAUCCAGUUCUGACAUCUUAUUAGACUCUCCAAAGAAUAUAUAGAUUUGAGAAAGAUUAAGGUUUUUGCCAUUUUAAGCUGCAAUGACUUUGCUUGAGCUGAUAACCAAGGCGUCAGUCAGUGCCCAACCACCCACUACUCCACCAGACUACCCAGUUGUUCUUGACCCUGAUUCUAUUUUUCCCAAUUUGAAUCUAAAAGACAAUGAAUUGAGUGCCUCAAAUCUCGCUGUUCCAAUUACCGGAUGGAAAAUCUCUCAACUAGAUUCUGAGGUUAUUGACUUGUGCAAGCAGUUCUUCACCAAGCUUCAAGGAAAACUCAAAAAUCGAACUACUUUUGCCAAAGAGCAGUUUUUGGAAAUUCUGAACUCGUUUCUUGAGAAUUUCAAGGAGAAACUUGGACUUUCAAUUAGGGUUGCUUCUUCCAAUAGUGGGUAUACUAAGGUCUUAGUUGAGAAAGUAGGGUUCUAUAUGGGCACAGAUGUUGCUGCUUUGGUUUUGGAAGCUUGCAUUGUUUUUGAGACUUGGGAAUUGGUAGAAACCUUGAUUUCCAAUGGCCUUGUUGUAAAUUCUUGUUAUCCUAAUUUGGUUCCCAAACUUGUAGCAAGUGAAAGAUCAGACCUUCUUUGUCAUUGCAUUAAGCAGGCGUCUGAUCUUGGCUCAUCAGAGUUGCUUACCAUCUUGAAGUAUUUUCUUAGCUCCUCCAAACAAGCUGCUACCGGUACUAUACUAAAUGUUCGAAACGAAUGGGAGAAACAAGCACUGUUUGCUAUAGAGAAAGCCACCGACAAAACUCUCUCGGUAGCAAAUUCUAUCCUCGCAAAGGAGGCUGCGGUUUUGCUCAUGGUAGCAUAUGAUGGCUUCUCUUCACCAGAGCUGUGCUUACAUUAUCUAUUGGCGUCGGUGAAUGUUGACGAGGUGAUCUUGUCAUCAGCAUUUAGCAAGUUGAAUGGUAAAGAGAUGUUGACCUUGAUUCGGUACUUGGGAAAGUGGCUGAAGAAGUACGAGAGGUUUCCUCAAGCCGUUCCAUGCCCAAAGGCGUCGACCUUGUUGGGUUUGAAGGCUUGCGAUUGGGUUCCUAAGCUCGACGAUGUUGUGAGAUGUGUUGGUUUAGUGUUGGAUGGGAACUUCUCUGCUCUGGUGUUGAUUCCGGAGUUUCAUGAAGAACUCAGAUCCAUAGAGUCAGUGGUUGCUUCUUUAGCCUUGGAAUCAAGACUGUGCUGUUCUGUAGCUAAUGUGAUUGAAAAUUUUGAAAAGUGAAGUUCAAGGUAGCUAAGUUAGAACAAGUUAUAGUUACUUUUGAGUUAAAAAUUUUGCAGUCAUUGUAAUGCUAAUCAUUUGGGAAUGAAUUAUUCAUUAUUAAAGAAAUUUACAAUUUCCCUUUUUUUAA